GCCGGAAAGGAAAAAACACACACAUACACACACCGAAACACACAUCUCAUCGGACUAACAGCGCAGCCGAGGGUUUAAUCUGUAGUUUAUUCUGGGAGCUUCUCUUUUUACACACAUAAGAUGGGAAAGAACAAUCAAGACCACCGCAUUAUUGCCACCACAAAGGAAUCGCCCACUUUUAGAGAGAUGGCCCAGGAGACCAAUCAGAGCCCCGUGCCCAUGCUCUGUGCCACUGGCUGUGGUUUCUAUGGCAACCCAAGGACCAAUGGCAUGUGCUCAAUCUGCUACAAAGAGCACUUAACAAGACAAAACAAUGGGGGAGUCAGUCCUAUUAGCACAAUGGCAGGUUCCAGCAGUGUAACUAGUAGUGCUACCUCUGAAGCCUCAGCCAUUCAGAUCAUUGAAGCCACACUAAACAAUACUUCCUCUGCAAGUGCUGCUGAGUCACCUAACAGCAAAGCCGCUACUGCCCUUCCGGUUACACAACAGAUGACGGAGAUGAGCAUUUCCUGUGAAGAGGAGGUGACCUCUCCAAAAGUAGAACUUCCUGAAGCAGUUGUCACUCAGCCAACAGCAUCCGCUGCACCUUCUAGCGCAGAUGGUAGCGAUGAAGACAAGACGCCAGAAGCCCCCAAACCUAAGAAAAACAGAUGCUUUAUGUGCCGCAAGAAGGUCGGUCUUACAGGGUUCGACUGCCGCUGUGGGAAUCUAUUUUGUGGACUUCAUCGCUACUCGGACAAGCACAACUGCCCCUACGACUACAAGGCGGAGGCUGCUGCCAAGAUCCGCAAAGAGAACCCCGUCGUGGUCGCCGAUAAGAUUCAGAGAAUAUAAAUCUCUCGCAAGUCCACGCCUUGAUUUUUGUGAGAGAUCAGAUAAAAGGACUCACACUUGACCUGUGAUUCAAAAGACUAGUUUUUUUAAAUUACCAUAUGGGGAAAGAUUCCUGUUUCUAAGCCAAUGCAUGAGUGAUCACUUUGUUUCCACCUUUCUUUUUGAUUUCUGAUCGUAUAUGAGCUUCAAUUUAAAAUAGGGAUGUCAAACAAACAAAAGAGAUUGUAUAAAAGCCAGAGACAUUUGCCCAACGUGUCUGUUUUCUGAGUGAAAUGAAUUGCUUUAACUUGACCGAAUGCGAUUGUUGGGUUAAAGGCUGUCUGUUGUGAUUGUCGUACGUUAACGUUGUGAUUGCGUCACUUGGCUCGUCUCUUAUGACGUGGGACUCCGAAGACUGUUACCGAUCUGAUGGUGUGACACGAGCAACAGUGCAUGGCUGGCUCAUGUAGCAAAUGGACACUUCAGUUUCCUCCAGGUUAACUGCUCCCCUUAAGAGAGUCAACCUUUUACGACAUUAAUCGCCGAUGUUUUCUGCUCGUGCAUCAGCCUUCAUCAUUUAUCAGUCUAUUAGAUUGAUGCUGGGUUUUACUUCCGCCAAGCUGUGUUAAGAAUUUUUUAAUAUAUGAACGGACUCUGUGAAAAUAAGUAAUAAUGUUCGGAUGGGUUAACGCAGCCAGACCAGAAUGAUUACCGAUCAGUUUGCGCAACUGCUUACACUGUCCUUGUCGAGUAAGGAUUGAAUCAGAAAUUGCAAAUAACAUGUUAAUUUAUUCUCUUCCCACAUAAACGUUUAAGUGAAUUUUGCGAUAUUUACACAUUCUAGCGUUAAAUUGUAAGGGGGCACUAAUUUAUGAACCUGCGGUUCCAGGGCCUUUUGUUCUGUUCAAAGAGUUGGAUUUUUAAAUGGGUGUGUUGCAUGGUUAGUAUUAUAUUUUAAAUUGACAAUAAAUUAGAAGUCUAUUUCCUUUCCUUUUUGCUCUAAUUCACUUUGGUAUUUUUUGUGCGAUUUGAUCUUUUCAGUGGGUAUUGUGGAUUGUGUCACAUGCAAUUUUUAAAUGCAGGUCAGCAUAAAUGGUAUUGUUUUGUUAUUGAAUCGGGCCUAUGAGAGUGCUCGAGUAUUAUGUGUCAGUAUAUGUGUAUCGAGUAGACCACUCAGUGAAUUGCAUCUUUUUAAUCCGAGGCUCAGUCAGUUUCAUAUUUUGGGUCUGGCUGCACAGCUCUGUUUGUUUAGAGCUUUGUAAGUUUACACUAACCAUCUGUUCUGUUUUGAUUUUAGUUUAGCAAGUUUGUACAAACUAUAUUUAUUAUAUGUAUUGCGCAUAUAAUCUUGUUACCCAACAUUACUUUGAAAUUGUACCGUGUAAAUAAAAUUAUGUACAGAGAUA